AUGACUCCAAUGACCGGAUCGACUUUUAAUUAUCACAAACAAAAGUUUAAGAUUGAAUUUAAGGUUCUAAACCCGACUAAUUCCCUGCAGCAGGAGCUAGGGCGAAGGUUAGGGGUCUGUAAAUACGGUGAAUCUUGCAGUUUGGAUCUGCAGACAGCUCUCCAGCUUGAUGCUUUGCUUGUUAUUACACUGGGGCUGAAAAACAUGAAUUUUCAGAGUGAGAAAUAUGAGAUGGUUAAACCUGCAGACUGCAAAACUGAUCAGGCCUGGACCUCGGGGGCUUCCUUCUAUAACUAUCUAAACUCUGUAGAGACCAAAGUGCUGAUAUAA